GCUGUCAGCAAGAUAUCAACCAUGAACGCCUUGGUUUAUACAGUAAUGGGAGUGCUAUGCAUAGCCGCAGCAUCGCCUGCCAGACACCGCCUGGAGAGCUUCGGUGGAGCCAGAGGAGGCGCUAUCGAAUACGACGACUUCGUACCGGGCAAGACAGUCAGAGGCCCCAAAAUAGUCGGACCACAAGCCACAGCGUCUAAAUUAGGAGGUCCCCACAUCGGCCUGACUUACAUCGUGGGACCGGAACUCGGACCACCCCGUAUAGUUACGCCGAUAGUUAUUCCUGGUCACAUCACCGCACCAGAUGGUACCCACGAUCCCAUAGUUGGGCCCAAGGUGGGUGUAAUUGCCAUCGUUGGUCCAUCAAAUCCUUGGUCCAAACUCUCAGAGGAUGGUUAUGAGUGGAAGAAUGGAUGGCUGGAUUGGUAGGAUUGCGAAUGGGAAGGGCGGUGAUUUCAGAAGAUGAAAGUUCAAGAAUCUGGCAAAGGAACUUACGUAUGUAGAAUUGAUUAAUGCGAGGUCAAAAAGUUCAGCGUCACUUGAAAAUUUAUGUCUUAAGUGUGC